GGCCGCGCACGCUUCCUAGCCCCGCCUUCUCCACGUCACCAGACAGGCCGGCGCAGACAUGGCGGAGCGGAGAAGACACAAGAAGAGGAUCCAGGAAGUUGGGGAGCCAACCAAAGAUGAAAAGGCAAUUGCGAAGUACUUACGCUUCAACUGCCCUUCAAAAUCCACCAACAUGAUGGGCCACAGAGUGGAUUACUUCAUUGCUUCUAAAGCAGUGGAUUGUCUUUUGGAUUCCAAAUGGGCAAAAGCAAAGAAAGGGGAAGAGGCCCUGUUCACAAACAGAGAGUCUGUGGUUGAAUUUUGCAACAGGCUUCUCAAGAAACAGUUCUUUCACCGGGCAUUAAAAGUGAUGAAAAUGAAGCCAGAUAAAGAUCCAAAGAAAGAAAAGGAGAAAGAGAAAGGAAAGACUGAUAGUGGAAAGGAAGACGAGAAAAAAGGGAAAAAGGACUCAUCUAAGGAUGAGAAAAUCAAGAAAGAAAAGGAAAAGAAAAAGGAUGGAGAGAAAGAGGAAAUCAAAAAAGAUGACACUCCUGGAACUCCUAAGAAGAAGGAAACCAAGAGAAAGUUCAAGCUGGAGCCCCAUGAGGAUCAAGUCUUCCUGGAUGGCAAUGAGGUGUACGUGUGGAUAUAUGAUCCAGUCCAUUUUAAAACUUUUGCCAUGGGGCUCAUCCUUGUGAUUGCAGUGAUCGCUGCCACACUCUUCCCUCUUUGGCCAGCAGAGAUGCGUGUAGGGGUGUAUUAUCUCAGUGUGGGAGCUGGGUGUUUUGUGGCCAGUAUUCUGCUGCUUGCUGUUGCUCGAUGUAUUCUAUUCCUCAUCAUUUGGCUCUUGACUGGCGGUAGACACCACUUCUGGUUCCUGCCUAAUUUAACAGCAGACGUGGGCUUCAUUGAUUCCUUCCGACCACUGUAUACACAUGAAUACAAGGGACCAAAGUCUGACCAGAAAAAAGAGGAGAAAGCAGAUUCCCAAAAUCCUAUAAAGUCUGACAGUGAGGAUAAAUCUGACAGCGAGAAAAAGGAAGAGGAGGAGGAGGGUAAUGUUGCUGAUGCAGCAGAUGGAUCAGGCACAGAAGGCUCAGGUGCUGACAGGCAGUCAGACACAGACAGUGACAGGAGAGAGGAUGACGGCUCGCAGCACAGUAACGGCAAUGGCAAUGAUUUUGAAAUGAUCACGAAAGAGGAACUUGAACAGCAAACAGAUGAAGGAGACUGCGAAGAAGACGACCAGGAUUUAAAAGCAGAGUCAGAGCCUCUUCAUGAUAAAUCUUAAUACGUCGGCCAAGCUGUAGGACUGAUUAUAUACAAAUGAAAGGAUUUUUUUCCCGUGGAGUGAUCACCAAAACAUUUACAUACAUCUCUUCACUGUUUCUUUUCCAAUAUGCAGGAUCUGUAGGGAUCAUCAAUUUCACUAGGCUAAAAAAUUAGUGUUAUGAAAAAAAAAAACUUACAUUGAUUAUCAAAGAUUUUUUGUGUUUUUUUUCUAGUUGAUGAUAAUCCAAAAUGUGAGGGAUUAGAUGCACAUUCUUCUCCUGCUUGUCCAUAGUGUUCAGUCAUGUACAGUCCAUUGGUUUUGUGGGUUAGAUGAAGCUGAUCUGACCUGUGCAUGCUGCUCACACACAUUGUUGCCUGUCUGGUGCAUGUAAUGCAAUAAGGUCUGUUCAUUUCAGGAUGUGUUUGGGGUAAAUCUCAGCAGCUCUCAGUUGUAGCAAAGUAUUUAAUUCUACGUCUGUCCUUCAGGAGGUUAGCCUCUUUUAUAAUGCUUGAACUAGUCAGGGUGUCUUCAGCACCUGGCAGUAAAGUGCUAUGACCUUAACUGGACAUCUGACUUCUGUUCGUAAGUGUUCUUUUUUUUUAUUGAUUUUGAUGAUCCCUAUUUAAAUAUAGUUCAUAUUCUGUCCGUCCCUUUUAUGUAUAUUAAAGAUUCGAUUUUUUUAAUACAACCUUUAACUAUCAUGGACAACCCUUCUGUCUAAUAGUUGAAUUGACCAUUUUGGUUUGUUUUAAAGCUAAAAAAAA